AGUAUUGACGCUUGCAGCUGCUCUUUCGUUUAUUUCGCAUUUUGGAAAACAAAGCCGACAAAAGGUUACUUCGCGAUGAAUGCUGGUUGUAUUCAAGAAGAUUGAAACAUUAAAAUGGCUGUAUCGGUGGGGAAUCUUGUAUUUAUCGUAAUCGCUCUUGUUGUCAUAUCAUUUCAAACUUUCUUAUUUCUAAAUCUUGGCAAUCAACUGAAUAUUUGUUUGAAACGCAUCGAGCAUCUAGAGGAACUAUUGAAAAAUGCAACAACUACACUAAGAUCAAAGAAACAUAAACUUACUUCCAGAAAAGACAUUCUAGAAAAUGAAAUGAACUAUGAACUUCCAGCUGAUUAUUCCUUAAAGAUGACUCUCCUGCAAUCAAGACACAAAAUAUUCAAGUCAAAACAAAGGGUGAAAAAGUCGAAAAUACGAGGAAAACGAAAUUCUAACCAUCGUCGACGAUACGCAGUUUAUACAUCUUGGGGUAGCAAUAUCUGUCCAGCUAAAAGUACAAUUCUCGACAAAGGACAAAUGGUGACCACAGAUGGUAGUGACUUUUUUUGUCUAUCCGAUACACCCGAGGACGCACCAACCAGAGCCUCCUCGUCACGAAACCGUUACCCAGGCAACAGCGUCAAUCUCCGAGGAGUGACGUACGGGGAUAUUGAGGGAGUACUGAGUUUACAUGCGAUUCCACCAUCGGGAAUCCACAGCCGAAACAAUAAAACCGUACCAUGUACGAUUUGCGCACGCUAUGGUAAAUCUAGCAGUGCCGUAGUUUCGGCAAUUGAAAGAAAAUAAGAAACUUUUCAUACAUACGACGGGAAUAUCGCGGUGUGCUGAUGUCGACCAGAGAAUCGAAAAAGUUAAUAUGUUUGAGUGUUGACAGUAAAAAUAUUUGAACACGAAAACAACAUCAGAGAACGGCAGUAAAACGUCAAAAACUCUUAUAAAUACCGUGAAAAUACAUCCAGUAGAGCUACAAUGUAAUUCACUGCACUGUGAGUCAUCACCAAGCAUUUAUAGGGAAGGUAAUCGUAUCAAAUGUUUGGUUGUCACAUUCUAAGCAAGAUGUAUCAGAAGCAAGAAGAUUUUCGCUUGAUUUUUGUAUCGAAUAUAAUGUUUCCUUUAAGAUCACAGCAAUACUUUAUCAUAAGGAAAAGAUUAUUACGAAAUGAAAAUCCUUGGAUGUAUAUGAGACGUGAAUAUAAUAUUAUAUUUAUUUGAAUUUGUUGA